AUGCUUAGAUCAGAAUUAAGUGUUUUGGCUAAAUUGGGGUUGGAUUGGCCCCAUGCCCGUUCUCAAUGUGUUUUGGCUUAUUUUAAAUUGGCCGCAGCUUUUAGGUUGGAAUACGACCCUGAAUUUUGUGAUGUGAGAGAUCCUGCGAAUAUAUGGGCUCUAGUACAGAGGGUUCAAAAUUCAUUGCUAGCUGAAGUUGAACAAGUUGAAGACGAAGAAGAAGAGAAAGAGAAACAAUUGGAAGAAGCACAAAUUGGAGACGAAGGACAAUCAUUGUUGACAGGGGUUAAUGAAGAGGAUGACGCGGAUGAAGAAGAGAAUGAGGUGGGGAAAGAGAGAGAGGAAGGAAGAGGAGAAGGGAGAGAUGGAAAUGAGGAAGAGAAUCCUUCAGUAAAAUUAGAAUUUAUUCCAGUCUUGUUGCUAGACCCUAACGAAGACAAAGAUAAAUUAAAUGGUAAAAAUGCCUAUCAAAUAGCAGAAGAAAAAGGGGAAGAAAAAGAAGAUGAGGACGAAGAAAAAAAUAAAGAGCCAUCAAAAUUAAUUGAAAAAACCAAAAGAAACAAUCAAGGGGAGACGUUAAAUGCUCCAGAAAAUGCCCAACUUGAACAAAUUUUACAAAAACUGUUAUUACAAAAGGAGGGGGAGGAUGGAGAAAAGGAAGGGAAGGCGGUAAAGACCCUCUCUGAUAAACAAAUAACUAGACUUGUUAAAUUUGUUAAACAAUUGCAAAAUUUGGUGGAGGAGGGAAUUGAGAGAAGGGCAGAAGAGGAAGAAGAAAAACUCGUCAACUCCAUGAAAAAAGGACAAGAGGAAGUAGAAAGUAAAGAGAAUGAAGAAGAGGAAGAAGGGGUAGAGGAAGUAAACGAUCUUUCCGGACGGCCAGUUUUGCUCCUCAAAAAGGACUCUGAACAAUUUAACAAUGCAGAUAUGGGUUUGGCACAUACAGUCCACAAAAUAGUAAAAGGAGGGAUUCAACGGGUAGAAGGGAAUCGAGUUUACCUUCGAGUGGCUAAAGAAAAUUUGACUGAGGAAGAGCUUUACAAAUUAAUUGCUUAUUUGGACAGAAAAAUAGCAGCGCCAAAUAAUUUGUAUUUUGAUCAAUUCCUCUACGAGGACGGCCAAUUGUCCUUUCGAAUUUCCAACCCUUCCUUGACUAUGCAAAAACCGACUAAAGUUGAUAGUGCUAGUGGUAUUGCACAAGCUGUUUAUAAAAGAAGAAAAGAUAUACAGGAUGUCGUUCCAGUCGAACGUUCCCAACGUGAUCAAUUAUUUAUUCCAAUCCUCGCCGUUUCUGCAAUGACAAUCUGUGCUUUACUCUCCGUCUUAGCGUCAACAAUAAUUCGGCGUCGACGAGAUUCAAAUAAAAAAAUGUUGCCAAUACUUCCACAGACUAUAGGGCAAGACGACAAAAUCUAUGCAGAAUUGUGCCGUCAACGGGCUGAGACAAUCCCCCAUUCGGUUGCUGUGAUAGAAGGGAGUGGGCAACGUUCGAAGCAUUCGAGUACUUCAUCGUUCCACGAAAAUGAGACUUUUGGGGCUUCGAAUGGGUCUGAUAUGGACAUCGGGACGGGGCACGUCCUCCUAGCUUUUUUACAAAAACAUUUGGAGAAUCCAAACGAGAUAAACAAACAAUGGGAAUCUGUGAAGGAUUAUGAAGCAUCGGAAGAGGUAGCCCAAUGUAAGGUGGCCAAAAGAGAAGAAAAUGUUGGGAAGAAUUUUGAUAGUGGAACGCUUCCAUGUAAAAAACUGAAUUUUAUUUUGAAGCUUAGAGCCUUUUUAGAUGAUGAAUCGCGUGUGCAACUUCAUGAAAACGAUUUGGCAGAAUUGAGUGACGGGAAGGGAUAUAUUAAUGCUAGCAUGAUAUUUGAUUCGAACCCGGAACAGCCGGCUUAUAUUGCCGCCCAAACACCUUUAGAACAAACAGCUUCUCAAUUUUGGCAAAUGAUUUGGGAACAGGGGAUUGGAUUAAUUGUCAAUUUGUGUGAUAAAGGGGACAAUUACUUCAAGUAUUGGCCAGAGGAGGGAGUGAAGCUGUUCGGCUGUUUUGAGGCCCAUCUAGUCUCUGAACACAUUUGGAGCGAGCAUUACGUCAUCCGCUCACUUUACCUAAAAAAUACUGCAACACAAGAAACACGUACAGUUACACAAUUCCAUUUCACAAGUUGGGCAGCUGGUGGAGUUCCAGCUUCAAACAAAGCAUUGCUUGAAUUUAGAAGGAAGGUGAACAAAUCUUAUCGUGGGCGUGCUUCUCCUGUACUUGUUCACUGCACUAAUGGAAGUGGACGUACUGGAACGUAUAUUAUGAUUGACAUGACUGCAAAACGGAUUAAUAAAGGCAAAAUUUUAAAUUAG